ACAGCAUCUCCGUUCGACAAUAUCAGCAUCCAGUGUUGAGCAGGUAAAUUGUAUGUUCCACAUUUAUCACACUUAGAAAUAGGCUACUUCUUAAGCAACCAUCUCCGGCGAAAAGCAAAUAUAACCUGGCCCGUGGGUCGGCUCGAACCUCUCGGUUAGCAGAACGCGCUAGCCGACUGAGGGAAUGUUCGAGGCGGGCUCUUCUGGGGGACCCAGGUGUUGGUGGGACAACGUCCGACUCCUUAUCGCCACGGUGUUACGACACAUCAGCUUUACCUGCUGCUGAGGGGUCGACAGACGGAGCAGCUCUGUCUGACCACUCUGCUUCCGCCGGGGACAGAAGAAGAAGCAGCAGCAGAUACUCGGAAGUUACCUAAUGGCAGCUUUUUCCCUAAAGUUCACAAUGAAAGCAGUCGCGUUUCUGCUCCUGCUCGCUGCCUUCUGCUCCUGUGGACUCGCUCAGGCUGAAGACAGCGCGUUGGAGGAGCUGCAGGUGGAGACAUUGGUGAAGCCAGAAACUUGCUCUGCGCCCUCCAAAAUGGGAGAUACGCUUCAAAUCCACUACACAGGGAAACUGAUGGACGGGAAGGUGAUCGACUCGUCGCUGUCCAGGGAUCCUCUUGUUGUGGAGCUGGGGAAGAGGACGGUUAUUGCCGGUCUGGAGCAAAGCUUGAUUGGCGUGUGUGAAGGUCAGAAAAUCAAAGCCACCAUUCCUUCUCAUCUUGCUUAUGGAAAAAAAGGCUACCCUCCUACAAUUCCAGGUGACGCCGUUCUGCAGUUCGAAGUGGAGGUGGUUUCUGUAUCGCAGCAGACGCCGUGGCAGAAAAUGAUCAACGACGUGUUCCCUCUCAUGUGCUUGGCCCUGGUGCCCACUCUGCUCGGCCUGGUGGGACUUUACCUCUACAAAAAGGCCAGCGCUCAGAAGCCGUGCAAAAAGAAGGCCAAAGAUAAGAAGAGCAAGAAGAAAUAAGGACAAAAGCACAGAACUCUUUCAAUAAACUUUUUAAACGGCCGUGUUCUUCGUGUCGUUUCACUUGCCGAAAAUGUUUUUAUAAGUUUUUUGUGACAAGGUUAUAAAGUGUUAGUUAACGUUUUAAAUGUUUACUUGCACCCUG